AUGCGUAAGAGAACGGCCUGGAAUAUAUAUCAAAAUAUUGAAUAUGCCGGAGAGCAAACUCAAGUGAAGUUAUACAACUUUUUUCUUGAUCUGAUGCAAGCCGCUUCAUCGCAAAAUACACGUGAUGCACUUCUUGUAGCUCGAGCUCUUCAACGAACACCCAGUGUAGAAGAUGAAGAACUUGUAGCAAUAACAUCGCCAGAUACGGUCUCUGUUGAUUUAUUAAGCAAGGGUCCACAUUUUCAUUUGCCGUUUGAUAAAAAACAAUUUGAAAUUCUAAUUAAUUCAUUUCAAAAAGGAGAGAUAUUACACGCUCAUUAUGUGUUGUUGAUUCUACAUGAAGCUCGAAAAUUAUUAAAAAAAUUACCAAAUAUUAAUAAUGUCUCAACAACAAGAACAAAUCUCGUAACUGUUGUUGGUGAUCUUCAUGGGAAUCUUGGUGAUCUAAUGAUUAUUUUUCACAAGAAUGGUCUACCGUCCGAAGAUAAUCCAUAUAUUUAUAAUGGGGAUAUUGUUGAUAGAGGUGCUCAUAGCAUUGAAGUGUUUCUAUUAAUAAGUUUAUCAUUCAUUCUUUAUCCAAAUGAAGUAUUUAUUAAUCGAGGGAAUCAUGAAGAUCAUUUGAUGAAUUUAAGCUGGUUGCCAUUAGCAAGCGUUAUCGAUGAAAAAAUAUUUGUUACACAUGGAGGCAUUUCAGAUAUUACGGAUUUGAAUAUAAUCAAAGGUAUUAAUCGUCAUAAAUAUAUAUCUGUUUUGAGUCCAGAUUUUACUAUUCCAUCCGAAGAUCAGUGUCAUAUUAAAGAAUUGUCAAAAGAAAUUUUACUCGAAUGGAGACAGCUGCUAGAUAUGCUUUGGAGUGAUCCACAAGCCCAAGAUGGUUGUAUACCUAAUAUUUAUAGAGGUGGCGGAUGCUAUUUUGGACAAGACAUUACAGAGAAGAUUAUGGAAAAACAUAACUGGACUCUUAUAAUACGAUCACACGAAUGUAAACAAGAGGGUUUCGACUAUUGUCAUAAUAAGAAGGUGUUAACUAUUUUUUCCGCGUCCAAUUACUAUUCAACCGGAUCGAACAAAGGAGCAUAUGUAAAAAUAUGUCCAAAUAUGCCACCAAUUAUUGUUCAAUUCAUGGUGACAAAAGCGAGCACAAGACCGAUUACGAUAUGGGAAAGAGUAUCUCGUGUUGAAGGAGACGCACUUCACAAUUUAUUAAAAAAAUUCUAUGCGAAUGAAACAUUAUUAAUGAAGGAGUUUGAACAACACGAUCCCCAUAAAACAGGUGAAAUAUCGUUGAAUGAAUGGUGUGACAUUGUCACGAAUGUUUUAAAUUUAAAACUUCCAUGGAGAACACUUCGAUCGCGUUUAGUUGAAGUAAAUGCAACAGAUAAUACAAAAAUUAUCUAUGAAUCAACGUUCAAGUCAUACGAAUUGCAGUAUUUAUUAAACGUAACUAAAUCUCAGAGACAUCCUGGUGUAUGUCAAACGAUUUAUCGUAACAAAGAACUAUUAGAAAGCGUUUUUCGAGCAAUAGACAAAGAUAGCUCAGGUUGUAUAUCAAUAGAAGAAUUUACAGAUGUGUGUACAUUUCUUAAUCAUCAUAAUGGUUCAUUAUUCAAUGACAAACAAAUAAUUGAUUUGGCAACAAGUAUUGAUUUGGAUAAAAAUGGUAGCAUAGAUUUUAAUGAAUUUCUCGAAGCAUUUCGUAUUGUCGAUGUUACAGCAGUAAAUUGA